GGCACGGCGGGCGCUCAGCGACAGGAAAGCGAGCGGCCGGACCCCGCCGCCCCCGGCCCCGCACGCACAGCUGCCGGGAGUAGCGCGCACCCGCCAUGCCGCCGCCCCGCCCCGCCGCGCCGCGCCCCGCCCCGUCCGGUAACGGCGACGGCGGCGGCAAUGGCGGCGGUCUGGGAGGCGCUGGGCGCGCUGGGCCGGGAGCUGGCGGCCGAGUGGGCGACGCAGGACGUGCGUGCCGCGCUGUGCCAGCUGCUGCUGCUGUGGCUGGGGCUCAGUCUGAUGGCCACCCGCCUGGCGUGGCGCGCCUACGGCGAGGAGGUGGCCGCGCUCUGCUACCGCCCGGCCGCCCGCCGCCCCCCCGCCCCGGGCACCGACGGCGGCCCGGCGCCCGCACGGCCCCGCGCGCACUCGCUGUCCCCCGCCCGACGCGACGGCGCCGCCGAGCGGCACUGCCCGCCCCGGGACGGCACGGCAGCUGAGCCGGGAAAGACGCACCGCGAAUGAGGAGCGCCCACCGCCAGCACCGCGCCAUUAAAGGACUGCACCCCCCACC